AUGAAUCCUCAAGCCCUGCACUCGGCAUGCGCCCGAGCCAGGCCAGAGGCCUACAAGACUGCUCACGCACUCGGAAACUAUUUUCGCGACUUUUCCUCGUCUCAGUCGCUGCUGGGUGAUGGCAACGACGCCCCCAACGCCAGCUCGAGGCCCUCCCUUCGCCAACGGACGAGAGCUGCGGCAAGCGAGAUCAAUUCCCUCCUGAAGAACAGAGGCGUCUCGCCGCUCGUGCACAGGGCCGCGCCUCAGGCAGGAGGACCCGCGUCUGCCUCCCGGCCCGCUGUGAUUGACGUGCGGAGCCUGCCGCGGGGGUUGGGGACGCGAGGACGGGGCGCCUUCCGCGGACGAGGAGGCGGCCAAGCUGGCGCGGCGAGCCCGGGCCAACCUCGCGAGGGCCGGUCCUUUGCCCCCGGCAGCCGCUUCACCCGUUUCGCGGGCGCCCCUGGAUCCGGAGCAAGAGGGUCGGCCGCUCGGGCCAGGGGACGAGGAGGCGGCGGUCCAAGAGGCAGGCGUAUCGCAGGCGCCAAGGGACGCCAGCCAGACAAGGACGAGCCCGCCCCGGACGCCGCCAAGCUUGGCAAGAAGCAGGAUCCUUUCGAGACCCUGGACCCCUACGAAGAGCAGUUCGACACGGAGAUGCGGUUCGGCACCCCGACAACGUUCCAGCCCAGCCUGACGCCCGGCUCGCUCGAGGCCUUUGCGCCGGCCGUUCCGACCAGCGAGGCGGGGCGGAAGGCCGCGGUUCUGCAGAGCCUGAGCGUCCUGGGGGCGGCGGACCCGGUCGGCACGCCGCAGGACCUGCAGGCGGGCAGCUACGUCGCGGAUCUGGAGGCCCACGGCGUGAGGUUCUUUGCCGACGUGAGGAGCAAGGAGGCUGCGCGGCAGCAUCUGCAGCAUCUGCAGCGCAAGCAGCAGGACGCGCAGGCCGACAAGGGCGGUGGCGAGGGUGACAAGGAGCCCGUCGCUGUGAGCGACGCGGAAGAGUCUGUUCGAAAAGUCAUCUUUGAGCAGGCCGUGCUGGGGGAGCGCGAAAAGACGGCGUUUGCGACGGCGCCGGUGGGCAUCGCCAGGGCGUGGCAUCUGAGGGCGGAGACGUGGACCAAGAAGGACGUGGACAAGUUCGAGAGCAAGUUGGCGUCGCUGGUUGGGAAGGCCGGCAAGGCUGGCCAGGGGGGCAGCGGUAUGAGAGUCAAGAGUGCCGUGUAA